GUUCAUGACUUUGACAACGCGACUGAGAUUUUUGAAGUUAUCAGUUUGACCUUCGAAAGCAUCGCAAUGAUCAGACUUUGACUAUGCCGGCUAACGUGAGGAAGGUGGUGCGUGUGACAAAGUUUCUGCUGGCGGUGGUGACUGUAUUCUUUUUUAGCUGGAUGGUGUGUGUGAAUGAAUGGCACAGUGGAGUAGCGUGGGGCGGGCGGCGCGGGAGAGGCGCCGCGCCGACCAUGAGGACUAUCGUGGCGUACUCGGAGGGCAAGCAGGCGGAGAUGGAUCGACCCUCACCCGUCACCUGUGACCGCCUUCCGGCGUUUCCAGAGAUACCAUAUAUUAAUCGAACUUGGAGCCACAACACAUCGCAAGAAAACACGUGGCAGAAAGUGGAGGGUACCGGAGUGUCGCUGUACGCGGCGUUCUACGACCAGCGGGCAGCGCAGCCCUACGUGCGGAUACUGGCGUCCUUUCGAGGUCGCAACAUUUCGACAGAGGUGCCAUUGUUCUGCCAAACACGUUCCUUGAACUCCGAAGAAUCUGUAGAAGUGGUUGCAGCCAAACCUUUGGAAAUCUGGUGGCACGAAUGGGAUUCAACGACAUCUAACAUUGAAACACCUUUACUGUUAUCAUGUCCUCUGACAGAAGUCCUGAAUGGCCCCUCUACUGUAUCCAUCGUAACACAACCGUGCCAUGAUCCCACCAACGCAUUCGCUUUGAAAUCUUAUUCCAGAGAUUUCAAGUACAAGAGAACCUUUACAAUUUGUGUAAAAGAUAUGAAAUUUGAGAAUGACGUAUCACAAAAUCUAGUCGAAUGGAUAGAAACUAACAAGAUACUCGGCGUUGAUAUGAUCGAUAUGUAUAUAGACAGCAUCACUAAAGAAUGUGAAAAUAUCCUGUUUUACUACAGAGAUCUAGGUUAUGUUAGAUUAUUCCAUGUUCCUAUUAAACAUAAGAUAGAGAGGUCAUUAUGGCAGCGCAGAAGAGACCACAUAAUAACUUACAAUGAUUGCUUGUAUCGAAAUUUACGAGAAUCUGAAUACAUCAUCCCGUUAGAUGUUGAUGAAAUAGUAUUACCGAAAGAGGUAUUUACAUGGCCUGAGCUACUUAGUCGACUUAGUAUUUAUGGCUGGGAUCCAUCGCAAUACUCAGCUAUUAUGAUACAAAAUGCGUUUUUCUUUGACUUCAUGCAGGGACUUAAGAAAUAUAAAGCUAAGAAAAUAAAUUAUAAUAAAAGCGAAAUUUAUAUAAAGCGAGAUGAUGUGCGGAUUAAAGAUGCCGAAUAUUUAGAUAAAAUAGAAUUAAUUGACGAUGAAAAUAGAAUAGAUGACGAAGUCAUAGAUAUUAAGGAUACCGAUGAAGAAUUGUAUGACAUAUAUAAAGAAAGGUGUGGUAAAGACUUAGUGAUCCCGAAAUUAGUGCGCCACAUUGUGAGGUCAGCAGUUAUUAGUCCUAAAGGUUCAUACAGCAAGAGCUUUAUGCUGACGAGAAAGGUGCUGACUGCCUUCAACCAUUACCCUUUGGCCAGUAUUGGCUCCACCGGCUUCCUCGGCUGGUCUGCGCCCUUCAGUGAAGUGCAGCUCAAUCAUUACAAGGAGUCGUGCAACACGACGGUGGUAGCAGACUGCGCGCGGUACGGCCGCCGCGCCCGCGUCGAUACCGCGGCGCUGCGGCUGCGCGCGCCGCUCACGCGCGCCCUCGCCCGAGCAUUGUGUAGCGGAAUAAAUACUUGACCGAU